UUUAGAUAAAGUUUCUAUAUUCAAAAUUCCCGUGAAAACAUGGCGGCGCCCAUCACAUGGAAAAGACUUGUGUUGUCCGUGUACACUCCUGCAUUUUCCUGGGUUUUUACGAGGAUUUCAGACCGUUUCUUCAGGACUCAUGAUCGGAGGAGAGGGUCUGCUGUGCUACUCUUGGCCCCUCUGCUGGCAGAGGCUGACCCGGCCCCCCUGGCCUCCUCCAGACCGCCUGGCUUCACUGGGGUCGAGGGCCUUUACUCUCGGUUCCACUGGAUGGCUGAUCACGUACCCGCGUUUAGGGUCCCUGGCGGCCACAUCCGCAUCCUCCACUCACCUGAUGAGUUUUAUCAGACUAUGAAGGCUCGGAUCAGAACAGCCAAGAGUCGUGUGGUCAUGGCUUCCCUCUACCUUGGCACAGGGCCUCUAGAACAAGAUCUCGUUGAUUGCAUGGAAGAGGCAUUAGAGCGUUCGCAAGGAAAAGAUGCACCUGAACUCAACGUGGAUUUUCUGCUGGAUUAUACUAGAGGUUCAAGAGGUAAACACAAUUCCCGCACAGUGUUGUUGCCGCUACUCCAGCGGUUCCCAGAGCAGAUGAGAGUGUCCCUUUAUCACACACCCGACCUGCGGGGUCUUCUGCGCCUUCUGGUGCCUGAACGCUUCAACGAGACCAUCGGGGUGCAGCACAUCAAGGCUUAUCUUUUCGACAACAGUCUCAUCAUCAGCGGGGCCAAUUUGAGCGAUUCGUACUUUACCAACCGUCAAGACCGUUAUGUGCUUCUGGAGGACUGUGGAGAGGUGGCGGAUUUCUUUGCUGAGCUUGUGGGAGCUGUGGGUGACGUUUCUCUGCAGCUUCGACCUGACAACAGCGUGGACACGAUGGAGGGGAUGGUGCAUCCCUAUAAAGGUAAUCGAGCCGAUUUCUCAGCAUCAGCACAGAGACGGAUCAUGGAAGUGGUCAACGCUGCCCGUGUCCGGCAGAACAUGCUAGAGUCAGAAUGCUCGGAAAAUGCGGACUGUGGUGAGACUGUGCCAAAUGACACCUGGAUCUUUCCUCUCUUGCAAAUGAAGCCUCUGGGGAUUUACCUGGAUGAGCAGGUAACAAAACGACUGCUUACAGAGGCAGGCGGAGACUCUGCAGUCUACCUGACGUCAGGUUACUUCAACCUGACAAAGACCUACAUGCGUCUGGUGCUGGGUGCUGCCACAGACUACAGGAUCCUUAUGGCCUCGCCAGAAGUUAAUGGGUUCUUUGGGGCCAGAGGAGUGGCAGGUGCAAUUCCCGAGGCCUACAUUCACAUUGCUAGACAGUUCUACAAUAAGGUGUGUCAGCUUGGUCAGCAGAGCCGCGUCCGCUUGCACGAAUACCAUCGUGCCGACUGGACCUUUCACGCUAAAGGGUUGUGGUAUUAUAUCGGAAGAAGAGACCGCCCGUGUCUCACUCUUAUUGGCUCCCCAAAUUUCGGGUAUCGCUCUGUGCACAGAGAUCUGGAGGCUCAGAUUGCCAUAGUAACGGAGAAUGAGGAACUUCAGGUCCAGCUGCAACAGGAACAGGAGAUGUUGUAUCAAAGAUCUACAGAAGUUUCAAGGUCAACGUUUAAUCAGCCUGACCGAUAUGUUAAGUUAUGGGUUAAACUGGUUACUCCACUUAUCAAAAACUUCUUCUGAGAGACUGGAGGACGGGGUUGACACAUCUCUCACUAUCUGAGGAAGAUUAAUGGUCCAGAUGAAGGCGAGCCCACGCUUGUGUAUUUUACAGUAUACACAGCCGUUUGUAAAUAUUCACAGUUUACUGGCAGUCUACGAGGAUGGAUUGAAAAGCAUGCCUGGCCUUGCAGCUAUCAGCUCAUUGAGUCUAUUAGCGACCAUUUGACUUUUCAACUUCUUUGUCACUCAUGUCAAGCAACAUACAUGAGCUGCUCAGUAGAAUAUUUACUGCAGGGUCAUGUGACUGACAUGUAUUUACAAACAGUAUGGCAGAUAUGAACCCUUGGUUUGAUGUGCAGUGCAUCUAAUGUAAGUGAUCAUAACAUUUAUUGUACCUGUUUUACUUAAUUUAACAUUUUGGUGUCUUGUCACUGGACUAAUCUUUAAUCUGUUCUACAAAACCCCAACCCGUAAUAGUUUUUUUUAACCUUGUUAUCUUUUGUUGGGAAUAUCAGACGUUACUUCAUAUGAAAGACACAGUAAGUGAGAAUAAAGUUCAUCUCAGGGGGCUCUGAAGUGCACAUGAACACACAUUUCAGCAAGUUCACCUUUAGUUACCUCAUUCUUAUUUAAAAUAUUAAUAUUUUCUGAGAUUUCAUUUUUUCCCUGGUUAUGGACAGACCAUCUGCCUUGACUCUCCAUUCCUUAUAAAGCUUGUCUUUAUAACUGCACAUUUGCUCCCCUGGAGGAUUUUGUUUUAUAUUAAAAUGAGCAAUCAGAUUUCAUGAAUUAUUACUGGAACUUGGAUUUUAAAAGAUUCAGAUCCUGACCAGACUUUUCCCUUAAAACAAAAUGCCUGCAAUGUACUAGAGAACCUCUGAAUUCAGUUGUAGCAUUUUCAUGACUGUGUUACGUUGCCCUUAGCUGGAAUAUGUCUUAUUUCAACAUCACUUCCAGAGCUUGUUUGAAAAAGUUGAGGUGCUGUGUUGGUUUUAAAUGAAUGACAAAUGAUAAGAAAGAAAGCCUUAAAGGUAUAAAACAGAUGUGUUAAAAACAACACAUUUUGUGAUCAGUUAAUGACAACACUUUCAUGUGGUACAAACAAUGUGUUAAAAUGAAUGCAUCCAUUUUAAGAGUGUAUGUGUUAUUACGCACAAGUCUCCUACCAAACUGAAAAAAUACUCUGUACUUUGUUUAUUUUGCCAAUGUAAUGUACAAAUGUUUUUAAGAAUAAAAAGUCUAA